UUUGGGAGUUGCCGGCCGUGCACCAGCUGAUCGCGGCCCCUCCUAUCAGGCAGGACCCGGGGAAAGGAGCGUGGAGGCGGCCCUGCCCAUAUCGCGGGGCGAACGAGCCAUGUCAGAGUUCCAGAUUUCGGUGGAAGAGCUCAACGACCUGCUGGCCAACGGCAGUGGCUGUUACAGCCUCCCCAGCGCGCACAGCAACGAAGUGGCGCCCCGCAUCCACGUGGGCAACGCGUUCAUAGCCAAAAAUGUCAUGCGUUUACAACGCCUGGGUAUAACCCAUGUCCUCAAUGCUGCGGAAGGCAAGUCUUUCAUGCAUGUGAACACAAAUGCUGAAUUUUAUGAAGGAACUAAUAUCAUCUACCAUGGCAUCAAGGCCAAUGACACCCAGGAGUUCAACCUCAGCCAUUACUUUGAAGAAGCUGCUGAUUUCAUUGAUAAAGCAUUAGCACAGAAAGAUGGUAGAGUGUUUGUCCACUGCCGUGAAGGCUACAGCCGCUCACCCACCCUCGUCAUCGCUUACCUCAUGCUUCGGCAGAACAUGGAUGUCAAAAGCGCCGUCAGUGCCGUCCGGCAGAAGCGGGAGAUUGGCCCCAAUGAUGGCUUCUUGAAGCAGCUCUGCCAGCUGAAUGAGAAGCUGGUGAUGGAGGGCAAGCUGAAGAAAGCAUAGCCACUGCUUAGCCUGUGGCCUCUCUGCACUUCUUGCCAAACACUGUUAAUUGCUUUGGGUUGAGGGCACUGGCUGCCAGGCUGCACAAGUGAGGCAGGAGAAAGCUCAAGUUGCUUUCACAAAGACUGGGUGGGGUGGUUUCGAGUAGUACCAGAAAACUACUGCAGGAUUGUGGCACCCUUGGUGUGGACCCCCACCUUGUCCAGCCAGGCACCAGCUCACAUAUCUUUAUUUUGGAAUUUGUUGAAUAUAGUUUAUGUCUGUGUGAGAGAGAGGAAGAAAGCUGAAGGGCUUGGUUUCAAAACAUUUUGUAUCAUGACUAUAACUGUCUUAAAUUUCACAGGAUAUGAUUUUGCUAUUGUCCUCAUUUGCUUAGCCAGCCAUUCCUUCCUUCAUCCCCCCCCCCCUUGUAGAUUUAAUAGAGGGUUUUUUUCUUCACAUGUUUGGAGGUAAGGGCUGUCCUUUACAUGGAUGGCAACCCGGGUCAAAGGUGUGGGAUUAGGUUCUAGUCCAUUUGAUUUAUUUGCAGGGAGCAUCAGGGUUCUUUCGAUUUCCCCAGAAAGUUUAUAUAGAUAACCCACAUUCUAAAACUAUAGACCUCAGGUACCAGGGCAGUGCUAGGUUAAUUUCUCCAGCGCUGAAUCCUGGAGAGUCCUAGAGCAGGUAGCUCUAUUUUGCUGAGCCAGAUUUUGCCAUUCAGUUCCAAUCGUAUUCCACAAUUUUAAGAAUGGUAAAAUUUAAAAAUAAAACAAAUGAUUUAGGUCAUCUAGUCUGCACAUAAACAUGCAGGUGCACAUGCAUACAUGCAGAUUCAGUGCCAGGAAUGUGCAGUGGCGGCUCUUUCGGAUAGCUGGCCUUCCAGACUACUUAAUACCUUCCGCAAAGGAAAUCCCACUUUCUUCUGAGAGAAGUUAAUUCACCAUCCAACAGUUAGCCACUAGAAAGGUUUGUUGUAAUGUUUUGCUGCAAUCUUCUUCCUUGGCCUUGAUACCUCUUGCUUUAAUUCCUGCCUUUUAGAGCAGCGUUCUGUCAGCUUUGGCAACUUUAAUGUGUGUAGACUUCAAUUCCCAGAAUUCCCCAUUUGUCCACAUGUAUCAAAAUUGCCAAAGUUGAGAGAUAUUGUUCUAGAGCAAGAGCUGCUUUCUCUGCAUCAUAUCUUUCAGCAUUUAAAGAGAGCUAUAUGGUUUCCUCUUAGUGCUGAUGCUAGGUAUUUCCAUUAUCCGGAACAAGAUCUAGAAUAGGUCAUAAGCAAUAAAUUGACUAGCCAGGAUCAGUGUCAAGAAUGUCUGCAAAGAGGCACCCUGGCUGUCAAAUGUAUGUGUGGGAGUGUUUGUAUACACAUGCAUGCACACCACCAGCACAUUUGUCUUUUGCUUAUGCUAGUUGUUAAAGUAAGGCCCCUUGGGUUAUCACAAGGUAGGAAAGUAAAUGUUUAGUAAAAAAAAAAAAAGAAGCACAAUUUCUUGUCAUCAAAUUAUCCUUCUGUUUAGCUGUGUUUGACUUGAAUGCCGAUAUAAAACAUGCAUUACACAAUACUGAGACAUGCACAUAUACAUAGGCACGUAUACAAGCAAUGAAAAAGCCAUCUAAGAACAAGCAGUUCAUAUAGUAAUAUUUUGUAUAUAUUGUUGACAUAGGCGGGUGUACAGCUUCUGUGUUAGAAGCAUAUUCUCUCUCUCCCCCCCCCCCCCCAUUUCGUUUAAUCUGUCCUUUUGCCCUCUUGGUUGUCUACAAAGUCACCGGGAUCAUAAUCUCUGUUCCAAUACAGUCGAUAUGAUUUUGGCUGUGCUAGGCUGCAUUGACAAUGAAAACAACUGGUUUCCUGCUGAGUUUCAGUAAGGGGUAUUAGCAACCUGCUGCCUCUUGGCCGGAGGUCUUUGCCAAUAGUAAUGAUAGUUUUUGAAAUGCUGGAUUUGGUAAGUGAAACAAAUUAGCCUAAAUAAACUGAUUUGAGUAAUUUAAUUUACUCUGGCAACACAGAUAUUCAUAGCCUUGUGUGAGAGCUGUGUUGUAUAGAAUUCUGUGCAGUUACAUUUGAAAUCUCUCUCACUAUCCUCUCCCUCCCCCCCAUCUUAUUUUCUACAAGAUAGCACUAACCUGAAAUUUUUCAGAAUAAAUUUUUCUGACUAUGCUUUCCGGAAUGGUUUUUUUUAAAAAAAUCACUCUUAAAAGAUCAUUGUCUAGAGAUUAUGAAAUUGUAUUCCAGCAACAGAUUGAAAUAGGUUGCAAUACAUUUAUUUAUUUAUUUAUUCCGUUAAAUGGAAUUAAGACCCAGGGAGAGGAGGGUUUCAUUGUUUUGAAACGUGAGAGAUACAUGGGUGUAAUUCUGCUCCCUGUUUUACUUCUCAUUUCCAGCCCCUUUGCAAUGGCCAAAUGACAAUAUCAUGGGAACCCAGUUCAGAUCCCCAGUCAUCCUGGAAGUUCAGUCUCUAGAUGAUGGUGGGCUGCUUCUCAUCUCUCAGCAAAACCAACUUCCCUGUAUUACUGUGAACACUAAAAGGGACAGGAAAAGUAACAUUGACUGAUGUUCCUUGAAGAACAGGUGUUGGGAUUGAAUUUUUAAAAAGUUUGCCUUUUUCUUCCAAGCAUUUUCCCCACAAUCAUGUGUCAGUACCCAUAUUUCUUAUAGCCAUAUUGGUGCAGUUGCUGAUCAAAGCACAGAUUUAGAGCACGGCUCACGGAAAAAUAUUCUAAAAAUGACAAACUCAAUAAUGUAGACAGAUUUUAAAAAAACCUACAGAAAUUUUAAUUUAGCUGCAAAAUCUUUGGGUUUAUUGGAAAUCAGAGUUUCUGGCACAAAUUUCCAGGCACUCUGAGCUCUGGCACAAGAACAGAACCACUGCCAACCCCUUACCUGCUUCCACUGCCUUGUUUCUUGCCAUCCUCUCUUGUCUUUGAGGAUGCCAAGCCUGCCUCUUCCAGCCCAGAGUUACAGCCUUAAGUUAGUAGUGGAGCAUACACUUUGCAUGCCAAACGUCUCUGAUCCACUUCAACCCUGGUAUCUCCUGUUAAAAAGAGGCAAUAUUAGUGAUCAGGAAGAGCCACAGCUUGUUUAGGUGGAUAGUAUCAGACUGGCUGGAUUAGCAGCUUCAGUUGGGCAUAGGAUUGGCUUCAUUGUUCUUAAGGAAACAAUAGCUUCACUGUUACUUUAAAAAGUUGCUUCCAAACUUCUCUUCCUCCCCCCCCCAAUAAUUUUUACUAAAGAUAUUAUUGAUAAAACUAAUGCAAAUACAUAGUAUGGAAAUAUAUUAAAAAAAAUAAAAAAAUUACAAAGUGCAGAAAAAGGAAUCUCCCCCUUCAUCUCUGGCAGGUAUAAUCAACAUUGACAACUUUAUCUCUUAAAAUACAUCUGAACAUUAAUCUCAUUCCAUUCCUCGUUCCAUUCUCUAUAAGCCCAUCUCUUAAACCUCAUUUCUCCAUAUUAAUCCAAAGUCUAGUAAGAGUUACCAGAAAUAACAAGUAUUACAAACUACAUGAGGCUCCAAAAAUAUCACUCCUUGCCAUCUACUUACAAAAAUCUUCAGCUAUCUAGAAUAUAUCUGGGUAAUCUCAAAAUGUCUCCUUGUUUGGGAGAGAAUUUUCAGCAAUCCAGACUCUGCAUCCAGCUGCCUUUUGGCCAUAAUGUUUCCUGCUGUCUGUGGAAUGUCGGUUUGCUGUUCCUCACCAGAAACGGGAGGGGGGGGGAGAAUGUUUACAAAUUUCUUGACUAAAAACAACAAAACCUGCAACCCUCUGUAUCUGCAACUCUCAUUAUUCUUGUUUGCACAGAGGAUAAUGGAAGCCACAACCCAGUGGAGGAUGCAAAAUUGGAGGUGGUUGUAUUGCAGUAUUCCAAGUAAUAACCUGUAAUUAAAAUUAAAAUAAUUAUGAACAAGGAUGUGAGCUCAAACCCUUCCCUCCCCAAGAAAUACGAUAGGAACAAAUUUAAUAUGGGAGCCCAUGGCUUAGAUAUUCUGUAUGUGAGGUUUUGGUGGUAGAAGAGAUGGUGUGCUCCUUGUUCUUGAAGCCUGCAUUGCUGUGGUUACAAACUGAGAUCAUAAUGAUUGUUAUAUAAGAAAAGGGGUAAAACAGCCAGGAGAUACUUAAUAACGAAAGGAAAUGGAAUAACUUGUUUGAUGCAUAUGUAUUUUUUUUAAAUGUGUUGUGAUAUUUGUCAUUUAUUAGAGGGGAGACAAUCCACAAAUAUUCAAUAAAACUGACUGUGACAUUC